AGUUCAACGUACCAGAUGCUUGAUACAGCCUGCCCGUAUAGGGAAGCCUUGUCCUCUUAUGCAGCUUCAAAUGCCAACUAUCAAUGGGAACCGGAAAAAGAAGAAUGGGACAAGUUUGAAGUUAUUAAGCCAUUGCUCCUCUCUUUAUCUCGUGUGACAACUGCGUUUUCAGGGCAAUUAUAUCCCACCUCCAACAUAUUCUACCCUCACAUUGUCAGCAUCAAGAUUGCUUUGAGAAAAGCCAUGGCUCAUGAUGAUGAAUGCUACAAGAAAAUGGGUGAUGCAAUGAUGGAUAAAUUUGACAAGUAUUGGGAUGAGCCGAACAAUGUCAUGGUGCUUGCUACCAUCUUGGACCCAAGGUACAAGAUGAGGUAUGUUGAGUGGUGCUAUCACCAAAUGUAUGCUGUGGGGAAAGCAAAUACUGAGAAGAAUAUUGUGCGCGGAGAGUUGGACACAUUGUAUGAGAAGUUUGUUGCGAAAAAUAAGCAAGCUGGAGAAAGAGCUAGUGGAUCAUCAGCCAAGAACAAUUGCAACACAAGUACCUCGAUGCCACUUAUGGAUUGUGAGUUUNAGUCCUUCUUAUCAGCAACUUCAUCAACACCAUCAAAAAGUGAGCUUAGAAACUAUCUAGAUGACUUGAAUGAGGCAAUGGAUCCUAUGUUCAAUCUUCUUGAUUGGUGGAGGGUGAAUGCACCUAGAUACCCCGUAUUGGCAAUGAUGGCAAAGAGGUUCUUGACUGUCCCGGCUACCUCCGUGUCUUCGGAAUCAACUUUUAGCACGGGUGGAAGAGUUUUAGAUGACUACAGGAGUUCUUUGAAACCAGAAAUGGUGGAAGCCUUGGUGUGCGGUGCUAGUUAUAUCAAAGGUUCUCACAAGGACUUCAAUGUGGUGGAGAGAGAUGAAGAUGAGGAGGACGAUGUUGAGAAUAUCAAGUUGCCCAAGAUUGUUGAUGUGGGGGAUAACAACAAUUGAUAAUCGUCAUGUUGGUGUUGCUCUUGCUACUUUGAAGAUGGAUGUCUACAUGAUCUUGUCAUGUGGAUUGUUGAGGUCAACGUGAUCGUCUCGAGCCAUUUCUUUUGUUGUCAUGAACUUCGAAUUAUGUGUUUGUUGUGAUGAACUUUGGAUUAUGUGUUUGUUGUGAUGAACUACGGUCCUUGAAUGAUGUUGUGAUGAACUACGGUCCUAUUGUUUCGCUGUCAACAUUUUCUCAGUUUUUAUGUCAAUACUUGAUGCU